AUGACUCCAAAUGCAGCAUACUUUUUGAGUCUUCUCCAAUCCUUGACAUCCGCUGUGUUGGCUCACAAGUGGAAGGCCAGGGGCUGCCUGGAGGCCGGCACUUGGGUGGCGCGGCUCCGCGACGCCGAAGAUGGGCAGGUGCCGCGAGAUUUGGGGGAGAUGGGCCCUGGGGAUAGCAACAAGACCUGGGGGCGUGGGCAGAUCUCCAUCGACCGCAUCGUGGCGCUGCGAAGCUCCGUGUUGCCGAUUUAUGUCAUCAUCCGGCCUGGCGGUGUGACCACAGCAGACGAGGUCUCUGAGGACGGCAAUGACUUCCUCACGACCCGGAUGUUCGGUGAUCAGAUCGCAUUCCAGUCCAUCGGCGGAGAGUACCUGAGCACCGAAGGUGGCGAGAUCUGCACGCGGCGAUAUUGCAGCAGCAAUGAACGCUUUACGGUGGAGAAACAGGACACGCAGUACGCCUUUCGCUCUUGCAGCGGGCAGUACCUGAGCGUCAGCGAUCGAGCACCCUUCGUGACUUUGGCUGCGGCGCCUGGGGAGACGGAGGCGUUCCAACUCUUCUCGCUGAUGAUGUACGGCGUGAACGUCGGUCAGCAGCUGGAGAUGUUGGAUAGGCACGGCAGCAUCAUGAUCGAUCACUUGCUGGACAGCGAGCAGAUUGAAGCGCUGCGACUCUCCAUCCCCGGCGGCGCCGAAGAUGCGCCGCGCAGCCAUGAGCUGCGGACGCAGGGGUUGGCCAGCAGAUCGCCAGGUUUGGCGGAGGUGGCCACGCAUCCCUUGGUGAUGCAACUUGCCAGGCGGCUGCUUUCGCCGUGCCUCCAGCUGGCGGAACUGGAGAGUUGUCGAACAGACGUGGACUUCGUGCGCAAGGAGCUCGAGGAGACCACCUGGCAUGUGGUGCAUCCCUACCGCUUAGCCGAGUUUCCGGGAGUGGUGGACCCCAAGAUCAACAUCACGGUCACCUGGUUCUUAGAUCAGUUGGACACCGAGAACUCCACGUGGGCCUCAGUGAAGGCACCGGAGGUGGCGGGCCGCCUGCCGCAGCUGCCGCAGCACUCGUCGCCCGAGGAAUUGCAGGCCAUCGCGCAGAACGCCCAGCCCUUGCUGGCCAAGGCAGGUGCUGCGUGGAUUUGCAUUGGCCCUCACUGGAUGUCCAACACUACGGGCGCAGCAUCCUUUUGGAAGGACUACGAUGCGCAGACCAGGUAUAAACAUCUCAGCGGCCAGAAGGAGCAGUCCUUCCGGGCCCUGACAGAUGCGCAGCGUGCCGCGCAGCCGAGGGAAGAGCUGUGUCCCACGGUGCUCCAGGCCACCUACGUCCGCGAAUAUGUGGCCCCGCUGCACCGUGCGCCUCCACUGGAGGUCCUUGAACAGCUGGGACACCCUGGAAGGCAGCUGGCGGAUCUCUUGCGCGGAUGA